AUGCCGCAACCAACCAACAACAGCAACUCCUCUGCUCCAAACGUGCUCUGCACGGCGACCGAUCCACAACCACAACAAGCUUCUCCGCCCUCUUUCCAGCAGAACAGAGGCUACAACAAUCGCGGUCGUGGUGGGUGCAAUAACAGAGGUAGAGGACGUUACAAUAGCUCGUGGCAGCAGCAUCAGCAGUACGCUCCACCACCAUGGUCCCGAUUGAUUCCUUUGAAUCAUAGGUUGAACUGUGUUUAUCGUAGCUUCCGCUACAUCAGAUACUCACCGUAUCCACAACAGGCUCCAUUCUUGCCGCCUCCACCUAGCUACUUUCCUCAGUCUCCCCCGACGACCAUCCUCGGUCCCGCUCCUCACGCAAUGAAGCUCAUGUGA